UCUCUUAUACCGACAGCUAUAGUCAGUCACUUCAUCCUCUAGCCAGCGAACAAGCUAGAUAGCAUUACAUCAAUCACAUUCCCAACACCCCCCCGCGCCCGUUAUGGCGUACUCACAGUCUCAAAACUACUACGACUCAUCAAGAUACGACAACGGCCUCCAGCGCAAACCCACAGAUCGCAAGCAAGGGCGUAACACGCGCGCCAGCGACGGCACAGUCAGCACUGUCAUGAGCAGCACAUCGACAACAGGGAGAGACUCAUCCGCUACACACAUGACAGAAGCCCCCGCCUACUCCAAGAAGAUCGUCGUUGUCGGCGACGGUGGAUGCGGCAAGACAUGUUUACUCAUAAGCUACAGUCAAGGAUAUUUCCCAGAGAAAUACGUACCAACCGUCUUCGAGAACUACAUCACUUAUCCGACACACCAACAAAGCGGUAAGACUGUGGAGCUCGCGCUGUGGGAUACCGCCGGCCAAGAAGAAUAUGACAGAUUACGGCCAUUAUCAUACCCCGAGACAGAUCUGAUCUUCGUCUGCUUCGCCAUUGAUUGCCCCAACUCUCUAGACAAUGUCCUCGAUAAGUGGUAUCCCGAAGUUCUUCACUUCUGCCCCUACACACCCCUCGUUCUCGUCGGUCUCAAAUCCGAUUUACGGCAUAAGAAGACCUGCGUCGAAAUGCUCAAGACUCAAGGUCUCACGCCCGUUACAAGCGAGCAGGGCAUGACUGUCGCGAAGAAGAUGGGCGCCCAAUACAUGGAGUGUAGCAGCAAAGAAAUGGUCGGUGUCGAUGAGAUCUUCGACACCGCUAUUCACACCGUCGUCAUGAACGACAAGAGGAACGUCGAGGCCGCCAUGGCAGCGGCCCCCAAGUCAUCAGGCACCGGACUAGGCCGCAGCAAAGACAAAGACAGCGGCAUACCAGGAGUACGCGCUUUUAAGAAGAAGAGGCGGAACUGCAACUUCCUGUAAAGGGGAACCGGGACGUUACUACUUCCUGCGAGCGACGGAUAAUGACGUACGACGCUGCAAUGACCUUUAUCGUUUCUUUUCAAUCGUUUUUUCCCCCUUGUUUGUUCGCUACAACCUUUUAUUACGGCCUCUGGGCAUAGGCGAAUAGGUAUCCGGCGUACCUGUGCGUCUGUCGACUGGAGCUUGGGAGCUUUCGA